AUUUAGCCGUACAUCAUUUCACAUUUCCCAUAAAUCCGUUCUUCAGUUAUUAGGAAGAAGGCUAUACAAUGGCGGACACAGCUCCAGCCGGUAGAGGUGGAUUCCGAGGUGGUUUUGGAUCUGGUGGACGUGGGAGAGGCCGAGGUAGAGGUCGUGGCAGAGGAAGAGGACGUGGGAGAGGAAAAGAAGGUGAAAAAGAAUGGGUGCCGGUCACCAAAUUGGGUCGUCUCGUGAAAGAUGGAAAAAUUAAACAGUUGGAAGAUAUCUAUCUGUUCUCUUUGCCAAUCAAGGAAUUUGAAAUUAUUGAUUUCUUUUUGGGAUCCUCAUUAAAAGAUGAGGUAUUGAAGAUUAUGCCUGUUCAGAAACAGACUAGAGCCGGUCAACGAACAAGAUUUAAAGCUUUUGUAGCUAUUGGCGAUUCUAAUGGGCAUGUUGGUCUCGGAGUAAAGUGUUCCAAAGAAGUAGCCACUGCCAUUCGUGGAGCCAUUAUUUUGGCCAAAUUAUCUGUUAUUCCAGUGCGUAGAGGAUACUGGGGAAAUAAAAUCGGCAAGCCUCAUACUGUCCCUUGCAAAGUAACUGGAAAAUGUGGAAGUGUUUUGGUGAGAUUGAUUCCAGCACCUAGAGGAACAGGAAUUGUUUCUGCUCCAGUCCCAAAAAAAUUGUUGACAAUGGCUGGUAUUGAAGAUUGUUAUACAUCUGCUAGAGGAUCAACUGCCACUUUAGGAAACUUUGCUAAAGCUACCUAUCUGGCAAUUCAGAAAACCUACAGUUACCUGACUCCGGAUCUGUGGAAGGAAACCGUACUGACCAAAUCUCCUUACCAGGAAUUCACCGACCAUCUGAUGAUUAAUCACCGAUCUGUCGGAGGCGCCCCGCGUCAAGAAACCACAGACUGAUUUGGUCCAUUGUGAAACGUCGAAGACUUUCCGCAAAUAAAUUGAUUUAAAAUAAAA